AUGAGUGGACCUUACGCAGGCAGGCAAGAUGAAGCUGGCAAUGUAAAUCCUCAGAUAUUUGAUGAACAAGCAGAGGAGUCCAAAGGAGAGAUGGCUCGACUUACAUCCUUUGUAGGGGCCAUUGCCAUUUCUGAGCUUGUCAAAACAACUCUUGGGCCGAAAGGAAUGGACAAGAUCUUGAAAAGUGCUGACCCAAAUGAGCAGAAAAUCACUGUUACAAAUGAUGGAGCAACAAUACUAAAAUCAGUCUACGUUGAUAAUGCAGCUGCCAAGAUUUUAAUUGACAUUUCAAAAACCCAAGAUGAUGAAGUAGGAGAUGGGACAACUACAGUCGCUGUUCUUGGCGGAGAAUUGCUAAAUCCUCCCUUCGUGAGUGAACAAAAAAAAUUUUUUCACUUAAAAAGGAGGUUUAAUUUAUUUUGAAAAUUUAAAAAAAAUAAUUUUAAAGCAAAUAUAAAUUUAGUUUGCAAAAUUUAAGUUUCAAAAUGCAAUACCGUUUUAAAAAUUGCUAGAGAUUUCAUCAUACUAAUUAUCAAUAGUUUUGUUUGCUCACGGAGGGAAGUAAGAGAAGCUGAACAGCUUGUUAUUGCAAAAAUACAUCCUCAAAUUAUCAUCCAAGGAUGGAGACUCGCUAAAGAAGCUGCAAGAAAAACUCUUCUCGAUAUUGCAAUGGAUCACUCACAAGAUGAAGCUGUUUUCAGAAAGGAUCUUGAAAGUAUCGCUGGAACCACUCUAAGCUCAAAAUUGCUAGUACAAGAAAAAGAGCAUUUCGUUAAUUUGGCUGUAGAUGCAGUUUUAAGGCUUAAAGGAAGUGACGAUUUGAAGCUUAUUCAAAUUAUUAAGAAGGCUGGUGGGAACUUAAAAGACUCUUUCUUAGCAGACGGAUUUAUCUUGGAAAAAAAGAUUGCUUCAAAAUCUCCAAAAGUGAAAAUAACCCCAAGAAUUCUUGUAGCAAAUACCCCUAUGGAUUAUGACAAAAUCAAGAUUUUUGGCUCAAAAGUAAAGGUUGACUCUAUUGACAAAGUUGCAGAAAUUGAAGCAGCAGAACGAGAAAAAAUGAAAAGGAAAGUCGACAAAAUCUUAGCACACAAGCCUAGCAUAUUUAUUAAUAGGCAGCUAAUUUAUGAUUAUCCUGAAAGUCUGAUGGCUGAGCAAGGUGUAAUGGUUAUUGAGCACGCUGAUUUUGAUGGUGUUGAAAGACUUUCAUCUGUCUUAGGUGCUGAUAUUUUAUCCACAUUUGACACCCCUGAAUCUGCAAAGCUCGGAACAUGUGAGCUAGUUGAUGAAAUUAUGAUAGGCGAAGACAAAGUCAUCAGAUUCCAAGGUUGCCAUGAAGGUAGAGCCAGCACUAUUGUAUUAAGAGGUGCCAGCACUCACAUAUUAGACGAAGCAGAAAGAAGCUUACACGACGCCCUAUGUGUCCUCAUCCAAACUAUCAAAAAUUCCAAAGUUGUCUAUGGAGGUGGCAAUACUGAAGUAAGAAUGGCUGAAGCUACAGAUGAACUCGCAAGACAAAUCCCAGGCAAGAAAUCAUUAGCAAUUGAAGCUUACGGACGAGCACUAAGAAAGCUACCAAUGAUUGUAGCUGAUAACGGUGGUUUUGAUAGCGCAGAAAUCAUCUCACAAUUAAGAGCUGAAAUCCAUAAUGGGAAUACAACAGCAGGAAUUGAUAUAGGUAGAGGAUGCGUCGGAAAUAUGGAAGAUUUGGGCAUUAAGGAAUGCUUAAGAGUUAAAGAACAAGCACUGUUAGCAGCUUCAGAAGCAGCUGAAAUGAUAUUAAGAGUAGACGAAAUUGUAAAAGCAGCCCCAAGAAGAAGAGAAGGAUAUUAA